AUGGAACAUAUGUGCCAGCUGGUGGAACUUAUAUACCACCAAACCCUCCAAGAGAAGCACCUGCACCAGGACUACCUAAAACAUUUACAUCGUCACAUGGACACAGACACAGGCAUGCACCAAAACCAGCACAACAACCAACACAACAACCAACACAACAACCAACACAACAACCAACACAACAACCAGCACAACAACCACCUCCACAACCAGCACAACAACCAACACAACAACCAGCACAGCAACCAACAGUUCAAAACCCUGCACAACAACAACCACAAACAGAGCAAGGACAUAAAAGAAGUAGAGAACAAGGAAACCAAGAAUUCUUAA